CCUCAGAAAAGACUCGGUGACGUGAAGCUGCUGAAUCUUUGCUUUUGCUUCCUCCUCGUGCAGCUGCAGCACGACUCCGAGCUCGUCGUCAGUUUAACUCUCCGGGCUCGCUUUGAUUCUCCCGUCUGUCCUCUCAGGAUUUCCAUCAUGCUCCGCCGUUGUUUCCUCGUAUUUGGAGGCCUGCUCUGUCUGGCGGUAUCCGGGCUGAUCGCCAUGGAGACCUGUCCAGCUGCAGGGAUGCCUGGAAUUCCAGGUAUUCCCGGGAUUCCUGGAAGAGACGGCCGUGAUGGAGAGAAAGGACAGAAAGGAGAGCCAGGAGCACAGUGGCAAGGCGGUCUUGGGCCUCAGAAAGGAGAGAAGGGGGAGCCGGGUCUGAUUGGACUCCAUGGUAAACGUGGUCAGAGCGGGGAACCCGGGAAUCCAGGUAUUCCAGGAACAGCUGGACCUCCGGGAGAACCAGGAGAACCAGGGACUGUUGCAGUCAAACAGCGGGCGGCCUUCAGCGUGGCAAGAGCAACAAACGAAUUCCCGGACAAAGCCAGCAUCAUCCGGUUCACCAGCGUCAUCACCAACAUCAACAAUGCCUACAACACAGACACAGGACGCUUCAGGUGUCAGCUCCCAGGAACGUACUACUUCGUGUAUCACGCCUCGUUAGAGGACCGACUGUGUGUGCUGCUGAAGCUCGACAACACACUGCUGACAUCGUUCUGCGAUCAUCGCCGCGUCAAGAGACAGGUGACUUCGGGGAGCCUGGCGGUGUACCUGUCAAGAAAUCAGGAGGUUUGGCUGGAGACUAAAGACUACAGAGGGAUGAGAGGGAAACCAAGUGGAUACAGCAUCUUCUCUGGCUUCUUGAUUCACUCGCACUGAACCCCCAGGACAGGAAACUGUGUGACAGCACAGCAACUGAAACAACGUGAAAACAGUGUGUCCCCCUCCCUCACGAUGACCCUUUCACCUUUGUAAAAAGUUCAUGAUGUUUAUUUCUCCUUUUCAAAUUUCCCUUUUCCCUGUAAUCCUUCAUGUGCAACAUUUUAUUCUCUUUUCAUUUUGCAGAAUCAGCUCUGAGUUCAUUUCAAUGUCAGAAAAUGUGUGUGUGACUCUGCAGCUGAUGGUUCAGCCUGAAAAGUUUCUCUUGUUUCAUAUCACAGACUCAGAGGCAACAGUGAUUUCUGUCCCUCCUUAUGGGGGUUUAUAUGAAGUACUUUUUGUUUUCUAAUUUUUAUGAAGAUCUCCAGUUCACAUUCAGCUCCAUCUGCCUCACUGUCACGUCAUUUAAAGAAACUCAAUAAAGACCAGAGCAGCAACCA